AAUCAAUACACAUUAAGCCUCUCAUUUCCGUUUCUCUUUGAUGGAAAGGAACCGGUUUAUAAAUUGAGAGAGAGUUGUUUUGGUCCCUAAGCCUUUUAAUCUCAUUCAUAAACACACACCAUCUAGUUCGAGGUUAUUUCGGUUUAGAAGAGCAAAACAACGUUCCUUGACGCCGGCGAAGCCAUUCCGAGUCACCGAUAAAGCUCCGACGAUUUUCCGAUAACAAUGGCCGGAGCUAGUCAAACUGUUAGUUACUCUGAUGUUAAGUGCGAUGUCCCCGAACUCAAAGGGGACAACUUUAAGGUUUGGAAAGAAAGAGUUCUCCUUCAGCUGGGAUGGAUGGAUAUUGAUUAUGCCAUAAGGAAGCCUGAACCCCCUAAAAUCACUGAGAAAAGCACCCCUGAUCAGGUUGAUCUUUAUGAAAAGUGGGAGCGAUCUAAUCGCCUCUGCGUUAUGUUCAUAAAGACCAAAGUAUCUGCUGGGGUUAGGGGUUCAAUUGAGGAAUAUGACAAUGUUCGUCUCUUAAUGAAAGCAAUAGACGAUCAAUUUGUCACUUCAGAUAAGGCUUUGGCUAGUACUCUUAUCAUGCAGUUCUCAUCCGUGAAGCUCACUGGAAUAGGAGGUAUGCGUGAUCAUAUCAUGUGUAUGAGGGAUAUUGCGGCUCAAUUAAAGACACUGGAAGUUGAAAUGUCUGAAACCUUUCUGGUUCACUUUAUUCUGUGCACUCUGCCCCAACAAUAUGGUCCAUUUAAGAUUUCUUAUAACACACAUAAGGAUAAAUGGUCAAUCAAUGAACUCAUGACCAUGUGUGUUCAAGAGGAGCAUAGGUUGGCUAUGGAAGAGGGUGAGAAAGUGAAUCUGACUUUCUCCGAAAGGAAGAAGAAAGAUCGUGCCAAAGGCAAAGGCAAGCUCUCUGUCAAACCGGACAUUAAGAAAGAGUCAAAGUGUUUCUUUUGCAAGAAGAAAGGACACAUGAAGAAAGACUGCUCUAAGUUCCAGAAUUGGCUUGAGAAGAAAGGGUAUGCAAAACCUACGGAAGCCAGUGGGUAGUGAGUGCUAUAUCCUCUCAGGAGGGAAGAUGAGCUCACAUGUGGAGGCUGUUGGUUCUUGCAAUUUGGUUUUGAGUACUGGUUUUAUUUUGCAUUUAGAAAAGACCUUUUAUGUUCCUAGUUUUUCAAGGAAUUUAAUUUCAGUUUCGAGACUUGUACCUUUUGGUUUUGGUUUUAACUUUUUGGAUGAUGGUUUUACAUUAUUAAAUAAAUCUAAAACUGUUGGUUAU